AUGGCCUCCCUAAACCACACUGCAGGCAUGGAUUUCAUUCUUGUGGGACUGACAGACAGCCCAGUUCUGGCGAGGAUCCUCUUCGUGGUGUUUCUGCUCAUCUUUGUCAUCACACUGGCAGGAAACCUGUGCAUGAUUGUGCUGAUAAGGACCAAUUCCCACCUGCACACGCCCAUGUACUUCUUCCUUGGACACCUCUCCUUUGUAGACAUUUGCUAUUCUUCCAAUGUUACUCCAAACAUGCUGCAUGGUUUCAUCUCAGACAACAAGACAAUCUCCUAUGGUGGAUGUUUCACACAAUGUCUACUCUUCAUUGCUCUGGUAAUCACUGAGUUGUAUAUCCUUGCUUCAAUGGCACUGGACCGCUAUGUGGCCAUUUGCAGUCCUUUGCAUUACAGAACUAGGAUGUCCAAGAACAUUUGUGUCUCUCUAGUCACAUUCCCGUAUGUGUUUGGCUUCCUGAAUGGGCUCUCUCAGACUCUGCUUACUUUCCAGUUGUCUUUCUGUGGUUCCCGUGAAAUCAACCACUUCUACUGUGCAGACCCUCCUCUCAUCAUGCUGGCCUGCUCUGAUACUCAAGUAUAAGAAAUGGCCUCCGUAAACCACACUGCAGGCAUGGAUUUCAUUCUUGUGGGACUGACAGACAGCCCAGUUCUGGCGAGGAUCCUCUUUGUGGUGUUUCUGCUCAUCUUUGUCAUCACACUGGCAGGAAACCUGUGCAUGAUUGUGCUGAUAAGGACCAAUUCCCACCUGCACACGCCCAUGUACUUCUUCCUUGGACACCUCUCCUUUGUAGACAUUUGCUAUUCUUCCAAUGUUACUCCAAACAUGCUGCAUGGUUUCAUCUCAGACAACAAGGCAAUCUCCUAUGGUGGAUGCUUCACACAAUGUCUACUCUUCAUUGCUCUGGUGAUCACUGAGUUUUAUAUCCUUGCUUCAAUGGCACUGGACCGCUAUGUGGCCAUUUGCAGUCCUUUGCAUUACAGUACUAGGAUGUCCAAGAACAUUUGUGUCUUUCUAGUCACAUUCCCGUAUGUGUUUGGCUUCCUGAAUGGGCUCUCUCAGACUCUGCUUACUUUCCAGUUGUCUUUCUGUGGUUCCCGUGAAAUCAACCACUUCUACUGUGCAGACCCUCCUCUCAUCAUGCUGGCCUGCUCUGAUACUCAAGUCUUUUUUAAAAAGAUGGCCAUGUUUCUGGUAGCUGGCUUUACUCUCAUAAGCUCUCUCUUUAUCAUUCUUACGUCCUACUUUUGCAUUUUUGCAGCCAUCUUGAGGAUCCAUUCUGCUGAAGGUAGACAAAAAGCCUUUUCUACCUGUGGUUCCCACCUGACAACUGUAACUGUAUUUUACGGAACACUUUUCUGCAUGUAUUUAAAGCCCCCAUCUGAGAAAUCUAUAGAGGAGUCCAAAGUGAUUGCAGUUUUUUACACCUUUUUGAGCCCAUUGUUAAACCCCUUGAUCUAUAGCCUAAGGAAUAAGGAUGUCAUCAAUGCUAUGAAGCAGUUGAUUAAGGGAAACUUCUGUCAGAAAAUUUUAGUUUAG